CAUUGUGGGAACAGCACGAAGCAUAGAGUCUAGACAAUGGGAGGGACUUGGGGGCGGGAAGUGACGCCCCCUGCUCAACCCGGGUGACCGGGAGGAACCUGGGUCAAGGGAGUGAGGGGUUAAUAGAAACGAGACCCAAUCGUCAAGCCAGGGAGUGGGCGUUUUAAUACAUUAAGGGUGGUGGGGAAGCGACCAGGUGGGCUUGUCUGGGAGAACCUGGAGCAGUGGGAAGGUCUACAGAACUGGAAGCCGGCACCCUCACCUGGGGUACCCCUGUACCCCACCCUGUACUCCUCCCUGUACUCCUCCCUGAGUCCGGGCCAUAUGGUCCUUGAGAGUGAGGCUGUCAGUCUUUGUUGUUUCUGAGGGGGUAUAGUGGAGUGGAGGGGGAGUCUCUCUUUGAGCCCAGGUUGGCCUCAAACUCUCAAAUCUUCCAAGUAUGGUGUUAAAGGCCUGCCCCACCAUGCCUGCCUGUCUCAUGUUAUGGAUUCCCUAAACAUAUCGAGUUGCAUCUUGAUUUAGGGGAGAGAGACGGAUUAUCUAAAGUCCAGGAUGAGGGAUGAUGUCACCGGGAAGGUCGUGUGAGCCCCAACCUGAGCAAGGCAAAGGAGAGUGGGUGCCUGCUGGAACAGCACUCUGGGAAGAGGGCUCAGCAUGUGCAAAGCACGUAGGGUAGGGCACAGCGACAUAUUGGAGAUAUUCGACCCACCAGAGGAGCUGGAAUGCAAGGUGUGGGAGCUGGCGCGGCUGAUGUGGCAGUCCUCCACUGUGGUUUUCCACACCGGCGCAGGCAUCAGCACCGCCUCCGGCAUCCCCGACUUCAGGGGCCCCCAUGGCGUGUGGACCAUGGAGGAACGAGGCCUCGCCCCCAAGUUUGACAUCACCUUUGAGAAUGCCCGGCCCUCGAAGACCCACAUGGCCCUUGUUCAGCUGGAACGCAUGGGCUUCCUCAGCUUCCUGGUCAGCCAGAAUGUAGACGGGCUACAUGUGCGCUCGGGCUUCCCCAGGGACAAGCUGGCCGAGCUGCACGGAAACAUGUUUGUAGAGGAGUGCCCCAAGUGUAAGACGCAGUACGUGAGAGACACGGUCGUGGGUACCAUGGGCCUCAAGGCCACUGGCCGGCUCUGCACCGUGGCCAAGGCGAGGGGACUUCGGGCCUGUAGAGGGGAGCUGAGAGACACCAUUCUGGACUGGGAGGAUGCGUUGCCUGACCGGGACCUAACGCUCGCUGAUGAGGCCAGCAGGACUGCAGACCUGUCUGUCACCCUGGGUACCUCACUGCAGAUCCGCCCCAGCGGGAACCUGCCCCUUGCCACUAAGCGCCGCGGAGGCCGUCUGGUCAUUGUCAACCUGCAACCCACAAAACAUGUAUGUGCCAGUGCCCUGCCCAGCGCCCCUGUGUCCCCUGCAUGUCCCCUACGCCGCACUGACUGUCCCUCGCUCUGGCAGGACCGCCAGGCUGAUCUGUGCAUCCAUGGCUACGUGGAUGAGGUGAUGUGCAAGCUCAUGAAGCACCUGGGGCUGGAGAUCCCCACCUGGGAUGGACCCCGAGUGCUAGAGAAAGCCCUGCCACCGCUGCCGCGCCCAGUAGCACCCAAGGCUGAGCCCCCUGUGCAUCUCAAUGGUUCCUAUAAGCCCAAGCCCGACAGCCCUGUACCCCACAGGCCUCCCAAAAGAGUGAAGACAGAGGCUGCCGCCAGCUGACCCGAGUGUGUGGGGCGGGACUGGUGCUUGAAGAAACCACACAUGUUGGGGGUUCUUUGUUUUUUAUAUCCUGGGGACUAAACCCAGGUUUGCAUAUCCCACACCCCGGCCUCUUUUCAGAUUUUCCUUUGAGACCAGGGUUCCCUAAAUCUCUCAGGCUGGCCUGGAACUCACUACUGUAGCCCAGGCUGGCCUGGAGCUAGCCCUGCCCACCUCAGCCUCCACUGUAGCAGGGAUGGCGGGCAGACACCCAGUGUUCAGCACAGUUCCUUCCGAGUCUCACUGUGUCCCUUGUCCGGGUCCUUCUGAGGAAUCUCAGGGCAAGGGGAGUCCCACGCAUGAGGAAGAGGCUGUGCCCUGAGGAUGCACGUGCCUCUCCACCAAUCACACCCCACUCACCACUCAGGAUGUGCCUGGAGCGGCAGCUACACACUCCACACACCACUGCUGCCCCCUGCACUCACCCCUGGCCCUGACACAGAGCCACCAAGGACCCAUCUAUGCAUAGGAGAGACAAGGGCCCACCAGGCACCCAUCUGUGCUAAGGGCCCCAGGCUUCCAGAAGCUCCCAAUGCAAUAAAAAAAUUCAUUUCAUUCAUUUA